CAAAUACUCACGCAGUUCAACUCGCAUUAUUCCAAUAGCAAUGACUGUUUGUUACAUACCUCAGAGUAAUCAUACUCACCUAUAUUGUAAUAAUGUGCGAGCCUGAAUCAUGAACUCUAUUUCCAGGUUAGCGCAACUGUUUCUAAAACGACCACCAUCGCCUCUCCACCAGAUCCCUAUCGCAGGCUUCCAUGUGCUUAACAAGGGACAGCUGAUAGAAGAGGAGACGCUUCCACAUUAUUCACCAGCUCAAUUCUUUCCCAUUAAUAUUGGUGAGGUUUUAAAUGCUAGAUACCCAGUUAUUGGGAAACUAGGGUACGGCGGAAACUCAACAGCAUGGCUUUCCAGAGACUUGAAGGAGCAUAAAUAUGUUACUGUGAAAGUUUGCAGACUGGAAUGCGAACAAGUCAGAAGAGGGAUCGAUGUCUACAAACACCUGGACACUCUCGCAACAAGUCACGUUGGUGCUCUACUUAUUCGGGACAUGGCCGACUCAUUUGAUAUCAGCAAUGCACAUGGAAAAUAUCCAUGUAUUGUGCAUAAACCGUUGUCAAUAAGUUUGGCCCAGUUACGAAGUAAAUGCCCAAAUCGAAGGCUCCCUGUGAAUGUGUUGAAACCUGCUCUUGUCCAUAUUUUUCUGGCGCUCGAUUUCCUGCAUUCGGAAGCGAACAUGGUACACACAGACUUACAGGAGAGAAAUAUAAUCCUAGGUAUCGAGGAUGACUCCAUCCUCGAGGAAUUUGCGAGGAGCGAGUUGAGACAUCCAAGUCCACGGAAAGUUGAUGGAGACCGCAUUAUCUACAAAUCAAGAGACUUGGUGAUUACAAAAAAUCCAGGGCGACCAGUAAUCACGGAUUUUGGAGAAGCUAGAAUAGGUCAGCAGACUUAUGAUGAUGAUAUUCAGCCAUUCCAGUACCGGGCCCCUGAAGUAAUUAUGGACAUGCCAUGGAGCUACAAAGUCGAUAUCUGGAAUGUAGGUGUCAUGAUUUGGGAUUUGUUUGAGGACAAGAAUAUGUUCAACACAAGAGGACCUGAUGGUGUCCCUGAUAGUUUGUAUCACAUGGCACAUAUCACAGCGCUUUUAGGGCCAGCACCACUCGACUUUCUCGAGCGCAGCCGCAGCGAGAGAAGGCAGGAAUACUAUGAUCCGAAGGGUGAGUGAAUACUGACAUUGUCAUUAUGACGACCUGUGUUAAUGAUAGUGUCUAUGAAAGGGAUAGUUUUAAAUCCUCAAAAUGUAAUAUUUAAUUAAUCCGA